AACGAUGACUGGCAAAAACGUCUCUCGUUUUUAACGUGUUAUUUUCAAUGGUUAUUGAUAGGUGUAAACUUGACGAUUAGUUCUUUAUCUGACAGUUCCGAUUCACAUUAUUACGCCUGUGUGUAUCAAUAUAAAAGAAGAUUAAAAUCAAUAUUUAAGUAAAAACGAUAACAACGUGCUCAGUACGAUAAGGUGUGUAGGACGCUUACAAUGAAAUUGGCAACUGAUGGAAAAUAUUUUGGUACAUAAAUUUUAAGACAGGAAGGUGUGCGAGAAGUUCGAGUAAGCUGCAAGAAAAGCCGACACACAUAACCAACCAGGCGUAACCAAAAUGGAAGAGGGUCUUUACCACUUCUGUGGGUCCAAAUUCUGGGAUGCCAAUUUAACGUGGUACACGGAUACACCGGAAUUAACGCCAUGCUUGGAAAAAUCUUUAUCCAUCUUGGUUCCUUUUCUGUUUGUCAUUUUAUUCAUCUGGAUAGAUAUAUACGAUAUUGUAUACAGUAACACUAGAAACAUACCAUGGAGCCAAUUCAAUAAAAUGAAAUUGCUACUAUGUUCCGGUAUUUUAAUAUUAGGAAUCAUAGAUUUUGUUUACAUUGUUAUAACACUAAACAAGGGAUUUGUCUUUCCUGUGGACUUAUGUACAUCCCUAGUUAAAAUAGUUUUAAUGAUUGUAAGCAUAACUUUAAUUUUAGUUCAUAGGGAAAAAGGUAUUCGAUCGUCAGGCCUUUUGUUUUUAAUGUGGACUCUCUUAGUUAUUUUAGCUGUGCCACAACUUGGCUCUGUUAUUAAAAAAUACAUUUUGAAUGACUAUAUUCUUAUCGAUAUCACGUUUUUUGUGUAUUUUGCAUUUGCAUUGGUCUCAUUAGGUUUGAAUUUUUUCGCUGAUGCUGAGCCUCUGCAUGCAGAUUAUCCAGAAGUCACUAAUCCCUGCCCUGAGUACAAUGCAUCAUUCCCUUCACAACUGUUUUUCACUUGGUUCGACAGCUUUAUAUUUCGGGGCUAUAGACAACCACUGACCAAUUCUGAUCUUUGGAACAUGAAUUAUGAAGACAUGUCACGUGCGGUCAUACCCCAGUUUGAUAAAUAUUGGAACGCAUCCGUUCAAAAGAAAACAAGAUUGGCAGAUAAACAUAAUGCUGCAAUUUCUAAAGGUGCAGUUGGCACUAAUGAAGCUGUGAAGAAGGAAAAAGCCGAGCCCAAGCCAACUUCAAUCCUUCCGUGUCUCUGCAAAUGUUUUGGUCCUACGUUUUUGUAUGGCGCAUUUCUAAGGCUUGUCCAAGUAUUACUGUCAUUUGUCAGCCCGCUGAUUCUAAAAUUGCUUAUUGAAUUUGUCGAAGGUGAUGAACCCGAAUGGAAAGGCUACUUGUAUGCUGCUGUACUUUUAAUUACAGCAACUAUUCAGAGUAUCUUGUUAUCACAAUAUUUUAAAAAAAUGAUACUCAUUGGUCUAAGGAUAAGGAGUUCUUUAAUAUCCAUCAUUUAUAGAAAAGCUUUAAAAUUGUCAAAUGCAGCGAGGAAAGGUUCGACGGUUGGUGAAAUUGUAAAUUUGAUGUCUGUAGAUGCCCAGCGCUUUAUGGAUUUGGUAACAUUUCUCAACCUUUUGUGGACUGUACCACUGACGAUUGCCCUUGCACUUUACUUUCUUUGGCAGACACUCGGCCCGUCGGUGAUGGCAGGAUUUGCGGUUAUGAUAAUCUUGAUACCGAUCAACGGAGUGAUCGGAAGCAAAGUCAGAUCACUUCAGGUCAUCCAGAUGAAAAACAAAGAUGAAAGGAUUAAAAUGAUGAAUGAAAUCUUGUCUGGCAUUAAGGUGCUAAAAUUAUAUGCGUGGGAGCCUAGUUUUGAAAAACAAGUGAUGAAUAUACGAGAAAAGGAAAUUAAAGUUCUAAAACAAGCUUCAUAUUUAAACGCGUUUUCUUCUUUUCUAUGGGCUUGUGCUCCUUUUUUGGUUGCUUUAGUAACUUUCACUGUUUAUGUUUUGUCGGAUGAAAAAAAUAUAUUAGAUGCUCAAAAAGCUUUUGUCGCGCUCUCUCUUUUCAACAUGAUAAAAUUCCCACUUGCAAUGCUUCCAAUGCUGAUCGCUAGCAUGAUUCAGACUAGCGUUUCUAUUAAGCGUAUUAACAAAUUUAUGAACAGUGAGGAAAUCGAUCCAAGUUGUGUUUCACAUGACAAUAAACUAGAAGAGGCGUUACUCAUGGAAGAUGGAUCGUUCAAAUGGGGAGCGGAGGACUCCACGAUUUUGAAAAAUAUCAACAUGAAGAUCAAACCGAAAUCGCUCGUCGCUAUUGUCGGCAGCGUGGGGUCCGGCAAGUCUUCUCUUCUCUCAGCUUUCCUCGGGGAGAUGGAAAAAAUUUCCGGACGGGUUAACACAAAGGGUUCUAUUGCGUACGUGCCCCAAAUCGCUUGGAUACAGAAUGCAACGUUGCGGGAGAACAUCCUAUUCGGUAAUGCAUACAACAGCAAACUUUAUGAGAAAGUCAUCACGGCUUGUGCCCUCAAGGCAGAUUUUGAGAUGCUACCUGCUGGUGACAGAACUGAAAUCGGUGAAAAGGGUAUUAAUUUGAGUGGAGGCCAAAAACAAAGAGUGAGUUUGGCUCGAGCAGUCUACUACAAUUCUGACAUCUACUUCCUCGACGACCCUUUAAGCGCAGUGGACAGUCAUGUCGGGAAACAUAUUUUUGAUAAUAUCAUCGGACCCAAUGGCAUCCUUCAUGACAAGACUAGGCUGCUUGUAACGCACAGCAUUACAUUUUUGCCAGAGGUGGAUUUUAUUAUUGUACUCAAGGACGGCUCUGUGUCUGAAACAGGAACUUAUAGAGAGCUUUUAGAUAAAAAGGGCGCUUUUUCUGAGUUUCUUACCACUCACACUCAAGACAUUGAUAAAAAUAAAGGAAGGGAUGAAGAAAUGGCAAGUGCUUCACAGAUGGAACUUUCAAGACAGAUUAGUGUGUCCAGUUCUAUGAGAAGGCGAAAACCGUCAACACACAGCAGCCUGGGAUCAGUGAGUUCUGAAGAAUUUGAUGACAAAUUAAUAGAAGAAGAAAAGACAGAAGAAGGAAGUGUGAAAUGGCAAGUGUACCGUCAUUAUUUCAAGUCGUCCGGGAUGUUUCUAGCGAUAGCCACAAUCUUCUUGACCAUACUCAACCAAGGAUUCUCGAUCGGAUCGAAUUUCUGGAUUUCGAUAUGGACAAGUGACAAAGCUUUAGUCAUUAACGGUACCCAGGAUACUAGCAAGAGGGACAUGUAUUUAGGAGUGUACGGGUUGUUUGGUACUGGCGAGAUGCUAGCUUUAAUGCUCAGUUCUCUCACCAUGGCUUUGGGAUGUAUUUACGCUUCUAUUGGUCUCCAUAUAUACAUGCUGAACAACAUCCUCCAUUCGCCGAUUUCAUUUUUUGACACAACGCCGAUCGGUAGGAUUGUCAACAGGUUUGCUAAAGACAUUGACAUAGUUGACAAUGCUCUUCCUCCCAUAAUCAGAGGUUUCAUAUAUACAUUCUUUGGGGUGAUAUCAACUUUAAUCGUUAUCAGUGCAUCAACACCCAUUUUUAUAACUGUCAUUAUCCCAGUGGGACUCCUGUACUACUUUAUACAGAAAUUCUUCAUAGCAACUUCAAGACAGUUGAAACGGUUGGAGAGUGUGACAAGAUCGCCAAUUUACUCACAUUUUGGUGAAACUGUUAAUGGAUCGUCGUCAAUACGGGCUUAUAACGUACAGCAAAGGUUUGUGAAAGAGUCAGAGGAAAAAGUCGAUUUCAACCAAAUUGCUGCCUUCCCUGGGAUAAUAGCGAACAGGUGGUUGGCAGUCCGGCUCGAAUUUAUCGGAAAUGUUAUAAUAUUCUUUGCCGCUCUUUUUGCCGUGCUGGAAAGAGAGACAAUGAAUCCUGGCAUCGUUGGCCUGUCUAUCACCUACGCACUGCAGAUUACUCAAACGUUAAACUGGUUAGUGCGCAUGACUGCAGAAGUUGAGACGAACAUAGUUGCAGUUGAAAGGAUAAAAGAAUAUGGAGAAACACCCCAAGAAGCUCCUUGGGAGGUCAAACCCAAUCCUGUGGAUCAAAAUUGGCCAAUUAACGGUGCCAUUGAAUUUAGAAAAUUCAAAGUACGCUACAGGGAAGGACUAGAUCUUGUUUUGAAAGGAUUAUCUUUUAAAAUUAAUGGGAACGAAAAGGUUGGCAUCGUUGGGCGAACAGGAGCCGGCAAAUCGUCAAUGACACUUAGCCUGUUUAGAAUUAUUGAAGCUGCGGAAGGCACAAUUCUUAUUGAUAAUGUUGACAUUUCUAAAGUGGGCCUUCAUACUUUAAGAUCCAGGAUUACUAUUAUACCUCAGGAUCCUGUCUUAUUUUCUGGACCUCUUCGCUUCAACCUGGAUCCGUUUGAAAGUUACAAUGAUGAACAAAUCUGGAAAGUGCUCGAGCUUGCCCAUCUCAAAAAUUAUGUUACAAAACUACCUAAUAAACUGCAAUACAACGUCACAGAAGGGGGUGAUAAUUUGAGUGUUGGGCAAAAACAACUGAUUUGUCUAGCAAGAGCACUACUGCGUAAAAGCAAACUGCUCAUUCUCGAUGAAGCAACUGCUGCGGUUGAUUUAGAAACUGAUAAAUUAAUUCAAGAAACGAUACGAGCCGAGUUUACUAACUGCACCAUUUUGACCAUAGCCCACAGGAUAAACACAAUUAUGGAUUCGGACAGGGUACUAGUGCUGGACAAAGGGUCCAUAGCUGAGUUUGACAACCCGAAGAAACUGCUAAAAAAUAAAAAAUCCAUAUUUUACGGUAUGGCUAAGGAUGCUGGUCUUGCAAGUUAGUUUUAGGGUGGGAAAAUCAGCUAUCACAGUGUUAACUAAAUAGAGUGUAAGUUGUUUUUAAAUCAAUAAUUUUAUUUAACUUUUUUUUAAAUAUAAUUUUAAAACAAUUACUUUUCCCAUCGAGCACUUUAUUCUAGCAAUCCGUCUGUAAUGUAUUAUAGCAGUAUUCAUUCAUUAUAGUAUUUAUAAUUUAAUGGUUAAGAAAUUAUGUGAAUAAAUGUCAAUUGGGCAAAUUGCAAAUAACAAUGUUUCUUAUAAUAUGAAAAAAUUGUUGUAAUAUUGUAAAAAUAAAUUGUAUUGUAUA